CUACUCCCAGUGGCCUGUUGGCUCGGCGGUCCUGGACUUGCAUUCAAUGCAGAGCCUUGUCCUCAUCCUCAUCCUCAUCCUCAUCCGUGGGCGCGCAACUCCGCAAACCGAAGAACAAUCUCCCCCGACGCCCCUGCGCGCACGCGUUUCGCUCCCUCACCAACCGGAUAUCUUCACCUAGGCUCUCUCCGGACAGCACUGUUUAACUAUCUCCUUGCCAAGCGGACUGGCGGUCAGUUCCUACUGCGCAUUGAGGAUACCGACCAGAAACGGACAAUCCCAGAUGCAGAGCAGAGACUAUACGACGACCUACAUUGGGCAGGACUUCAUUGGGAUGAAGGUCCUGUUGUUGGUGGCCAAUACGGACCAUAUAGACAAUCCGAGCGGACUGCUCUCUAUCGGACCCAUACAAACGAUCUAAUCAACAACGGCCAUGCCUACCGAUGUUUCUGCUCCUCCGAGCGGCUCGACUCCCACGCCCGCCAUCGUAGUCAAGCAGGACUAGCACCCGGAUACGAUCGGAAGUGUGCCGACAUCUCUCAUGAGGAGUCUGAUGAACGCGCCUUUAAGGGAGAUUCUCAUGUUGUUCGGUUGAAGGUGGAUGGAUACCCCAUGUUCAACGACCUCGUCUACGGCAAGACCGGACAGAACAAGCUCAACGUCAGCAAACUAGAUCUAAUCGACCGCGUCUAUGAUGACCCCAUCUUGCUCAAAUCGGACGGACACCCGACAUACCAUUUGGCUAAUGUGGUGGAUGACCAUUGCAUGAAAAUUACCCAUGUCAUUCGAGGCACGGAGUGGAUGCCCUCUACGCCAAUGCAUAUGGCGCUUUAUAAUGCUUUCAAGUGGACACCUCCGCGAUUUGGUCACGUUCCUCUUCUUGUCGAUAAGAAUGGACAGAAGCUGAGCAAGCGAAAUGCUGACAUCGACCUCUCCUCGUUUAAAGACCAACAAGGAAUCUUCCCAGCGACAUUGGUCAACUUUGCGGCACUCUUGGGCUGGUCUCAUUCACAAAAGUCAGAUAUCUUUAAUCUUGAAGAGUUGGAGAACAUCUUCAAUCUGAAGAUCACUCGGGGGAACACUGUCGUCGCAUUCGAGAAGCUCUGGUUCCUUCAAAAGGCUCAUGCCCAGCGAUUUGCAGCCGAUGGUGGACACGACUUCGAUCAAAUGGUAAACAGGGUUUCCGCUGUUGUUGAGGAAGGCCAGACUCAAGGCUCUCUUGCUAGGAUCUUGGAAGGUCGUGCACUCAACGAAUAUGUCGCUCCUCUUCUGCGUGCAGAUGCCAAGUCCUACACAACAGCAUCGGAGUUUAACUCGAUCGAUCCCCCCUAUACCCCUGCCUCUACUCCCAUCACAUCAUCGGACCCAGCACCAACUCCCACUAUUCCAAUGCAAGCACUCCAUACUGCUGCUGCUGCCUUCGCUCUCGUGCCAUCUGCUCACUGGACCUUGGAAACGCACCGCAUGAACAUUACUUCAUAUGACGGCUCCGAGUCUGUGGCACUGCCCUCCGAGCUACAAAACGCACCAAUUGCCCUGGAUAAGCUAUUCAAGAAAGAACUGUACCACUACCUACGCUGGGCUCUUUCGGCUUCGGCACCAGGGCCUGGUAUGCCCGAGACUCUGGCUAUUUUGGGACGAGAUGAGUCCAUGCGCAGAUUGCAGGAAGCGAAGGCUCUGACCAAGUCCUUAAUUCCAGAGACCGGUCGACGAGUUCCCAAGUCCUCUGCCAACAAGGAGAAGGACGCGGACCAGAGUUGGAUGGGCUCUCUUGCUCCUGGCAAACAAUAA